UUCUCUCAAAAGGUUCCACAUUUUUGCACCACAGUUUGCAAAUUGUGAGAGCAUAAGUUUGGGUUUUCGUUCGCUUUAUACCAAUUUUCUGUUUGCCAAUGCUGAUAAUUUGAGUUAAUGACACAUACCCAUUUGGAAUUUGGCCAAAUAUCAUCCAGCAAAUCAAUCUUCAAGACGUUUGGAAGAUUUGAGAAUGGGGUUUUCGGUGUUGGAUUCAAUUUCAAUGGGUUCUCAUGUAUUAGUAAAAAGUUGUCAUGAAAGGACUUUGAAGAUUCAAUCUUUCUGGGCAAGAGAGAGACCCACCAUUAGUGCCAUUAGUUUCAAGCUCUCAAGGUCGAGGCCCUACCCACACCCAGGAAGACUUAUAUCAUGCAAGUCUGAAUUAGUUGAUUUUGAUGAGAGAACAAGCCCAAAUGAGGUCAGGAAAGAGAUAGAACGAUGUUAUGAACUCAUACACAGACUUGGGAGAGGAGUCGUGUAUUUGGGUUCUUCAAGGAUGGGACCUGAUCAUUCACAUUAUCUGCAAGCACUAGAGUUGGGUAGAGAGAUUGCAAACCUUUUGGAAUGUACUUCAUGGACGGGUGCUGGUCCAGGGCUAAUGGAUGCUGCUAUGAAAGGUGCUUUGCAAGCAGGAAAAUUAGUUGGUGGAUUUAAGAUUGGUAAAGAGGCUGGCGAAUGGACAGCAUCAAAUUUUCAUCCUUACCUACCAUCAGAAGUGUAUCUCACAUGCAGGUUUUUCUCUGCUAGGAAGCAUGGGUUGGUAGAUGCUGCAGUUAGAAGCUGCAGUUCUGAUAGGACUGCUGUUGUUGCUCUACCUGGUGGGAUUGGUACUCUAGAUGAAAUUUUUGAGAUUUUAGCAUUAAUUCAGCUAGAAAGGAUCGGGUCAGAGCUUCCAGUUCCAUUCUUGUUGAUGAACUAUGACUCAUUCUAUUCAAAGCUUCUAGGCUUCCUUGAUGAUUGUGAGGACUGGGGUACCCUCUCCAAGGGAGAGAUCACAUCUCUGUGGACGGUUUGUGAUAGUAACUCAGAGGCUUUGGCUUAUUUGGCAGAUUUUUACGAACUACCUCCUACUGACAAAGCCCGGCAUGACAACGAAUUGCAAAGCGCAAGUGGAACGUUUUCUUAAGAUGAUUUGGAGCUGAAGUGGUUGUCUGUAAAAUGCUCUUCCCUUUUUAAGUGUAUGUGCAAGGGAUGAUAAUUGUCACAAAAACUGUUGUAACUCAAUGACACUUGAACGUAGAAAUAUUGUUCAUUACAUGGAUUGAAAUAAAUUUCCCAAUCA